ACGGGCUGUGUUCAAUCUGCACUUCGCUCUCCUUCCUUCUUCCUCUGUGUCUCCAGAUUUUAUGAAUCUCUGAGACAGUCUCUCCUUCCCUUUAGCUCUUUCCCUCUCUGCUUCACGACUUCACUUCCCCGAAAGCCACCGCCGCCCAGCACCUCCGAUUUUCCAUUACUCUCCAAGACUCUCAGAGAGUGGCUACUUCAAUCAGAGCAAUAAACUCCGCGAGGCAAAUGGGCAUGGUUUCAAUCCCAGCAUUCUCAGCCGUACAGGCAAUGUCGAUACCCAGAGAUUAUCAUUUCUUUGCGAUUGUGAACUCCUUGAAGGCCAAGGGGAAGAGUUAUCGAUUAGAAAUGCUUAGUAAUACCAAUGUCCUGAAAGCAUAUAGUAUAGGGAGUGGCAGCUUUAGCUCCCCUGACAAGCAUUCAAAGUUUAGGAAUUUUUUGGUUGAGUCAAAUCAAGCAUCUUCAUUACAGUUUCAUGUGGGAACUUGGGAGGAUCUUGACAAUGGCAGUGGGAGUGAAUCUGAGGAGGAGGAAGAGGAAAAUGACUUGGGUUUCCAAAGUGAAUGGGAAGAUGACAAAGAACAUAGAGCUCUAGGUGCUAAUGCUGGUGGUGUUGAGGAGUCGACAACAGAUAAGUAUGAUGAGCAACUUGUGAAAGAGGUAGAACAGCUCUUGGAGGUAGAAGAAAGGGCAAUUUUGCAAAAGCAUGCAACUCCCCACAUAAAUACACUAUCAACUUCAAAUUGGAGCCCACUACAUACUGUUGCACUAUCUGGGCAGGUUAAUUUCAUGGACAAGCUACUUCAAGAUGGUGUGGAUAUUAAUGUUUUUGAUAAAGAUGGUUUAACUGCCCUUCAUACUGCAAUCAUUGGCAAAAAAGAAGCUGUUAUUAAUCAUCUUCUUAGAAAAGGUGCAAGUCCUCAUGUCAGAGAUCGGGAUGGCGCUACACCGCUCCAUUAUGCAGUUCACGUAGGCACCAAGCGAAUUGUGAAGUUAUUGAUCAAAUACAAAGUUGACGUCAACAUUGCAGAUAAUGACGGAUGGACGCCGUUGCACAUUGCUGUGCAAAGUAGAAACAGAGAUAUUGUGAAAAUUUUGUUAGUCAAUGGUGCGGAUAAGAGUAGAAGAAAUAAGGAUGGCCGAACUCCCAUUGAUCUGGGCUUAUGUUAUGGGAAAGACUUCAAGUCCUAUGACCUCACCAAGUUACUGAAGAUAGUAGCAAUGGACAGAGAGUUUUGAGUCCAAAGUUGCGUCAUUUAAAAAGCUGAGUAAAUUUGCGAUUGCAUGUCUUUAGUAUUCGGUCCAUGUUCAUAAUUCCGACAUCCAAGAUGGGUUUAUGAACUAAUUUACUCUAGUUUCCUCUCAUUGUCUUAUUUGUCUAGACUAAGGGAAAGUUAAAAUAGGUGUAAAAUAUUAAUGAAGGGGAGAGAUAAGAAAAUUGGGGGAAUGCACAGAAAAAAGAGUUAUCUACGUCUCAAUAUGUAGUGUAAAGACUACAAAAGAUAAAAAAACAUGUUUGAUGAAGUGCUUGAGAUCCUUUGAUUUCUGCGUUAAUCUGUCUGAUAGUAUGUAAAUUGUUAGUAUAAUCUAUCCCAGCCCUGCCGUAUAAACCACAGUUUUUAUUUAUUGAUAAGCCAUGUACCCUUAUGUUUGCUUUAUUAAAAGCUUAUGUAAAGUGUGUGGUGGGAUGCUGAGUGAGGUUGGUGUAUUAAAAUCGAACUUUUAGUUA